AUGGGGAAGACUAGGGCUAGCAAUUUGGAACCAAGAAUUUUGCGUCUUUUUGAACUAGGCGAUGCCCGUAACAUGCAAAUAGCUUAUAACAAAGACACAAACGAAAUUCUGUUUCUUACACCUAUAGAAGAUGAUCAACCAGAAGAAGAAGAAGAAAUUCAGCAAGAACAGGUUCGUCGGAAACGUACAAGUUCUACUUCAGAAGAUGAAGAUAUGCAGCAAGAAGAGGCUCAUCAGAGAUGUACAAAUUCAGACGACGAAGAUGUAGAAUUCCAAUUGGCUCUUUUUUACUCAAUAGCAAGUUCUCAAGAACCUGAAAUUCAAAACGAGAAGAAGAAGGGUGUUAUGAGGCCUUGUUCAAUCACUUAUGGAGAUUUCCGAACUUUUUCGCCGGAGACCGAGGAGAAAGGUGAUUCUUCUCACACUGUGUGUGUUAUCUGCAACGAAGUGCAGCCGAGUAUCCUGAGCAAAAGAUGCAGCCACGGCUAUUGCAGGGAAUGUUUCGGGUUUUAUAUUGUGAAGAAGAUUCAAGGAACCAGCACUGGAAUCGUCAGGUGCCCGGUGAACAAGUGUAAGACUCUGUUUGAGGAGAAGCAUUGGCGCCAACUCAUACCCAAAGAAGUGUUGGAGCGAUGGGAGAAUGCUGCUUUGGAGGCCUCGGUUCUCGCGUCGCCGGAGUAUAUCCUGUGCCCUUUCAAGGACUGUUGGGAGGUGUUUGUGGAUGACGGGAAGGGGUUCGUGAUAAGGGCGUGUCCCAAGUGCUGGAGGCUGUUCUGUGCACGGUGCAAUGCUCCAUGGCAUGAACGGAUGUCUUGUUCGUUGUUUCGGUUAUUGAGGAAAUCUCCAAAACUUAGAAGACUACUCUUAGAGGAGGCAGAAGAGAUGAAAAAAUAUAUAUAA